CAAACGUCGGCCAUGAGGCCUAUGAAGCGAAUUUCUGCCGGAGUCCGGAGUAAACAUUGGCGAAGAUGAAUCAAGCGAACAUCGAGCAUCUAGUGUCCAAAUUGAGAUACAAUGUCAAACCACGUCGGAGGUUCUCAAAUCCCGACGGUCCGGAGGGACGCCUUCGCAAAUUCCAGAAAACCUUGACGGCGUUGAUCAGAUACGAGCGACUCGAGUUGAAUUAUAGAAGGGCCGACGAGACCAGAGGUUAUGUUGACCAGCUGAUAUCCGAGGCGAUACGUCAUGGACCUGCUCACAAGGAGACGAUGGACAUGGCUAACUUCUGGAUAAUCGAGAAGGAACUGGUGCACAAGCUGUUCAAAGUUCUUGUGCCGAGGUAUCAAAAUUAUACCACCUCGUUCACAAAAAUUCACAAAGCGCCACAUAUAUAUCCAGAACAGUACUACGAGAGGGCAAUUCUAGAACUCAGAGGCAACAUAUACCCAAGCGUAGAACAGUACAAUCCACACGAACGAAAUUUACUUCAUAAUCUAUUACUCGAUGCGGCAAAGAAGGAAUAUAGGAUGGAAAAGUAUAAAGAAGUCGCGGACAAUAUAAAACAAUAGAAACGAAAGGCAAGGAGAGUCUGUUAAGGAGUGUUCUUAUACAGUGUUCUGUUAAUUAUUUAGGACUUUAUAUUAUUAAAAUAAAAGAGUAUAAAAAUUCA